CGGCAGCCUCCGCCUCUCUUCUCUGCUCUGCCAUCCACACCGCUGUUGUUGCAGCCAUUUUACCGUAGAGCGUCGGUACAGCGACGACCGGAGGAUGCCGAGAGAGCACCGCUGAAAGGAUUAGAAACAUGGCUGACAGGCUGCGAGGUCCCAUGGUCGGCCGGCCAUUGGUAUUCGCCAAUGAGGAGCGGAGGGCGGUUCACUCCUGGUCGAGGAUCUCCUCAGCGGGGCACAACGUCCUUCUGGAUGCUGUAAAGAUCCUCAGCCCAAUGUCCCGCGACCUCUCAAGCACUGAGGAGCUGGUCACCUUCCUGCAGGAGCUGAGCGAGGAGGGCCACCAGCCCACUGUGCUGCGUAGCAAGGACGUGUACCGCUACCGCUCCUCCACAAACCAACCCCUCACUCAAGACAUGCUGAAGCCACCCAACAGGACCACCAGACCCACCGCCAAGAGGAGGGGAAGGAGGACCAUGAAGAAGAGAGAAGUACACCCGUCCUGGAACACCUCUGAAAAGAGCAGCCCCAGGAUUCAAGGGGUUCGCCCUCCAGAGCUGCUGAUGGACCAUCACGCAAUCGUCUGCAGCAGGACACCCAGCAGGAAUGUAGAGAUGCCACAAGAGCUGCAGGUGCAGCCGUGCCUCAGACUUACCAACAUUGAAGGCCUGUCUGGCUGCCACACGGCAAAACUCAAGAUCCAAACUACCUUGGACUUGUCUCAUGAGGCACCCUUGGCUGUCAUUUCACAGCAGCAACAGCAGCAGCAGCCUCCAACACUUUCAGGAAUACCUUCGCAGCCUUCCCAGAAUGGUGGCGGGGCACCCACCAAAGCUGUGGCCUUGUUCAGCCAGAAGAGCCUGUCAUGUCCCGUCCGAUUGGAUGGCGCGCUCAUCGGCGAUUCUGCGCCGGUUUUCUAUGCCUAUGGCCGGGCAUUCCCCCAGACUCACACAGAGCUGACCAGCAACGGCUGGAGGAGCAACGGCCUCCACCGGGAUGGUCGGGGCCCCAAGGACCUGAACAAUCCAACCUGGCAGAGAAACGGCUGGAAGGACAAGAACAGUUUUAGAUGUAAAGUGAUAAAGGUUGAUGACUCUCGCUCAGUGGAUGAGGCCUGCAGAAAAGCGCAGAAGAUCUUACAGGUCAACCUGUCUCCAGUGAUCCAGAUCCAACCUCUCAACCAUGUGCUGAGAGACUUCAGAUACCAGAAUAAAUGACAGUUCACACAUACACAGAGACACACAGACACACACACACCCUUUCCUUGAGCAGAUGUUAGUAUUUCGCUCUACCUGGCUACCAGUGUUCAUAGCAGACUUUUUACAUGGGUUUUUGUGUUCCCUGCUGUGUUGGAGGUCGAGUAGGUAGAGUCUGCCUCUGGAAGUUCUGGUUCCUGAUGGGGGCAGUCUGAAUUGAAAGGCAUUUGAAGUAAGGUGAUGCUUUUCCUAGCAGGCUGGGAAAUGACUGUCGGCCUGUGUAUAUUAGUUUACACCACAAAACAUGUCAACCAACCAUCAUUCUGCUUUGAGUUGACUGGCUGCUAGCUGGUGUUGCUGAUGAAUUUUGGAGCACAGCUUCCACUCUUAAGUUAAAAUUGAAUUUUCUUGCUCAACAUGUUAAAGUUCCACCGUAUCGUAGCUCGCAGCUCUGUCUGCUGUCUUUGGGAGAUGCUGGGGAGAGUAACUUAUUCAAACUCAGUCAAAAUUCGUUCAAGUGUAGCACAAUUGUGUUAGAAUUUAAGUAUUUCUUAUUUGUAGCGCUUCAAAUCAGCGCUGUCACUUCCGAUGCCCUGUUUUCCACUGGAAAGAAAAGGAAAAUGAAGUCAGUGGUGGGACAAGAUAGUUUCUUUGGAUGCCUACAUGAACUGGCGAAUGAGCAGUGUGGGUUUUCAAAGUCUUCAGAAGAGCAGAUAUGGUGGUUGGUUGUUUCCAGCAAAACAAAUAAACUAAACAAACUGAGGAAAAAUAGGAAAAAAAAAGUUUAGUUUGUCUUCCUUUUUUGUAUUUUUGUUGUUUCCACUGGAAAUCAGCAAGGCUUUGGGAGCGAGUAAAGCAGGGAAAUCGAACCCGCGGCCCACACAGAAAGAGAUUGAUACCUGGCUGAUGUGUCUGAACUACAGUCCUUCACAAAGUGUUCCUUUGGUUUAGUUUAUCCAGACAUGGAGAUGACAGACUGAUCAUAGAGUAUUUUUGACUGUUUGAAAUAUUUUAUGUCUUACAUUGAGUGAACCAGAAAACUGCUGACAUAGAAGAGAAAAUCUGGCCUCAUUUAAACAGUUUGACCUCUGAGAUUAAUCUCUAAAUUUUAAUUGUUACAAAGAUUUAAGAACUCUGAAAUCAAUCUUUAAGGUUUUCUCAAAAUUAAACUUUAUCUCAGAGUUCUGGUUUUUACAAAUGGUAUUUAAUAUUUGGGUUUGUUCUCAGAAUUACAGCUUUUUCUAAACAAAUUCUUCCAUUGAAGUAGCCCUCGUCAAACCUUCAUAAGUUUGGAAAUGUUUUACAUCAGAUAUGAAACAUCAGGAUGUGCAUUUAUAGUUGUGAAAUGGCCACCAGCUGCUGCUCAAGAUUGACUUUUGCUCAGUCAAUUUCUUUCUCACAGGCAACCAUCCGUCAGUCGGAGUCCUGAUGUAAGACAUUUGUUUGGCUGAUUUUAGAAAAACGUUUGUGGUGAAAUGUGUGAACUUGAGCUGCAAGCUUGUCUGUAUCCUGCCCCUGUUACAUUUGAAAAAACUGCAGCAUUAGAAAAAGUUUUAUCUCUCAUCAGAACUCAUUUGUGGUCUGCUCUGUUGAUUUAAUGGCGAGCAACACCCCAAAAAAUCCACUUACUAGUUUUUUGAAUUCUUCAGCUGUGAUCAAACUUGUGGUUCAAACUUAAAACUAAAACAAAAUGCACUUUGAGAGUUUUACAGUGCUUCAUUGCUGCCUGAUCCUGAACAUGAAAGUCAUUAAUAUUAUUUCCUGUAGAAAAUAUUUCAAAUAAUCUCUAAAAUUUGGUUUGAAUCUCUGUGAACCCCACAUUGGUUUUUUGAUACAGGUGCUAACUUUGCAAUGUUGGUGCUGAAUUAAAUGACUGGCACAAGAAUGUGGUCUCUUCUAUUUCAGAUGGGAGAUUUUUGAGUAUUUAAAAGCAGUGA